AUGGCUGCUACAGACUCUGACCAAUCUCUUCGCAUAUUUGUAUUCUGGACCGUCUGCCAAUUGACCGGCGGGCUAUGCUUCUCGCUCGCGUUGCUCACCGCGUCGCUGUCGAAGAAGGUGUAUCGCAUGCCAACGUGGUUCAGCUUCUGCUCCAGCUGGGUCCUUUGUUCCUUGACGUUCAUUUUACUACCCAUCUCCGGACAACUUCCCGGUUCACACCCACCACUAGCGCUAUGUGUCACACAGAGCAGCAUGAUCUAUGCAUCCGCGGUCUUGAUCGCAUCCACGGCCGUUGCAUUGCUCACGGAGCUAUGGCUUGCAGCGAGCGCGUUGGCCCGGAGCCCACUGCAAGGGUUCGCGCAGAGGCAUCCGAGGGCGCGAACCAUGUUUCUCGUAGCGUCCCCGUACGCGCUAUACACGCUGGUGGUGCUUAUCAACGUCGGGAUCACCCUCUCUCACCCGCAUUCUGUCGGACUCUUUCGACACGGGCUCUUUUGCACAGACAGGAGCGAGGUCCCCUGGCGGAUCGCGGCUGCCCUCUCCAUCCUUGCGAUAGCCGCGAUCCUCGUUCUCGAAUUCCUGUGCGCUCGACACCACUACAGGGUCUGGAGCGCACACGGGCACCUCGAGUCCGCGAAACCGUCUCGGACACUUCUGAUCCGCGUCAUGCUACUCACGAUCUUCGUCCUCGCAUGUAUCCUAGUGAUAUUUGUUCAUGCGAUGCUUCCUCAACCUGCCAGAUUUCGCGACUUUGAGGCAAUCUUCAUGGCACUCUUUCUGUUGGCUUCGUUCUUCAUCUUUGGCUUGUCGAAGGACCUUUGCCUUGUUUGGCUGACUGUAUGCCUGAUACCUUUCCGUCGGUGGCGUCGAGUAGCCGUCCACACGGAGAGCAGCGCUGCAGAAGACUUGGUCAUAGACGUAUGUAGGGAUGGUGGUCAAGUAGUAGACGGUGGUCCUAGUACUACAGCAUGA